GAGAAACAUGGCAGACGCUGCUGCCGAUGAGGCCACGACUGCUAGUCCUAUCAGCAGCCGAGACGGCGAAGAUGUCAUGUCACCAUCGAACUAUCGGAUGAGCACCCAAGCGAUCAAGUCGGUGGACGAGCUGCUGGCUAAAGACGCAGAAGACGAGAGUCUAAGGAGAUACAAGGAGCAGCUACUGGGAUCAGCAGCUAGCGGAGAUCGAGGAGACGCAAAUGACACCCGCCGAGUGGUGGUGGAGGAGUUCAAGGUCGAGUUUGAAGAUGGACGAGAGGACAUUGUGUACAAUCUGGACACUUUAGAGGGCGCGGAGCACAUGCGCACGACGCCUUUUGUCAUGGCUGAAGGCUCUCGCUACCGCUUCGCCAUUUCAUUCCGUGUGAACCAGGCGAUUGUCAGUGGUUUACGCUUCCGAAACAAAGUUAAGAAGACUGUGCUAUCCACGAGCGAUGAGAUCGUUUUGGGAUCAUACGCUCCACGAUCCGAAAACUACGUAUUCGUCUUCCCUCGUCACGAAUGGAUGGAAGCUCCGUCGGGACUUUUCUAUCGCGGAAAAUACAUGGGCAGAUUCAUCUUCGCUGACGACGAUCGCGUUGAACACCUCAAGUUGUUCUACACCUUCGAAAUCAAGCGAGGAUAA